GGGGCGACAUUAUCACACUAGCACUCUUACUCUGCUGUGGAGCGCAGGCUUCCGGCUAACAAACAACUUCCUGUUCUUGCUGUUGUUUACAAGGAGACUGCAGGCUGUGGGUCCGAGUCCAUGCACUGAGAGUGACGGAGAGAGAUGCAGAGUUUAUUAUCAGUCCAGGCUCUGACCCUGCGGCAGCUCGGGAAACUCGGCUGUGGUCAGUUCCCGUGCGUGUGGCCCGUGGUGGGCGGUCCCCUGCGCUGCCCGCGAGCGCUCCACGCCCGUCAGCUGUGGGGUUCCAGCGCUCCUCUGGUCCAGCGCUCGACUGCGCUCCUGAAGCUCCGAGACACCGCCCGCAGCUCGCCCUACCAGCAGACACGCUGUAAAGGCUACAAGAGGAAAAAGGGCAGAGUGGUAAGUGGUCAGGAGGAAGAGGAGGAGGAGGAGGACGAGGAUCCGGAGGCCAGCGAUUACGAGGACGAGCUGCAGGAGGAUCCCAGUUUACCCAGAGACUAUAAAGAUCAGCAGAAAGUCCUGCAGUCCUUACGCUUCGACCUCGUCAUGAAGACUGGACUCGACAUCGCCAGGCAUAAAAUCGAGGACGCUUUCUACGAACACAAGCUGAGACUGAAUGGUCAGAAGCUGGUCAAGAAAAGCAAGAGUGUGAAAGUGGGAGACACGCUGGACCUGAUCGUGGAGGAAGACAAAGAGAAGGACUCUGUGACGCUGAAGAGAGUCGUCCUGAAGAAGAUUGUGGGAGAAACAAACGACGGAGAGAAACUCAAAGUGCUGCUGAGGAUCUGGAAACAUCUCCAGCUCCCCAAACAAGACACCUUCGGAGAAUCCACGCCAUCGGCUUGAGGAACGCGCUUGAGAACGAACUUUUAUAUGAACGCAGAGGAAGCGACAGGAUUCGAUAGUCAGAGUUGUAGAGAUUUCACUCCUGAAGCAGAUCUACCGGAGGAACUGUACAGGAUUAUUUAUGGCUCAGAUUUUGAAGAUUAUCAAAGAUAAAGAUUGUGGGUGCUUUAAAGGAUUUUGCAGAUGUUAUAUAUUAAAGUUUCACUUCAUGAUAAAGA